AUGAGUGGCGAGCUGCCCGCCUCGACCGAUGAUCCUGCCGCAGAUACCUACAGUCUCCCCAGCGGAUCACUAUAUACUCAGACAGAGGAGCAGGCGCAGGAGACGCGCAGCGUCGAAGAGUACCUGCGGCGCCUGGCUGAGAAAGAAAAACGGCAGCGGCGGAAACGCGUCGAGCAUGCGCCGCUGCAGCCCGCCGGCGGCACCUCCCUCGUGCGCAAAUUUAGCGCGUCCCUAGCGCGUGUGCCAUCGCUGCGCGCACGGCAUACCCCCCAGCGUGCCAGCCCCCAUGGCGGCUCCUACGAGAUGACGCAGUCCAGCUACGCGCGCGAUGCAGCGCUGCCCACAACACAGUACCGGCCCGUGUCGGACGAGUCUGAAGACUCGCAAUUUAUGAGCGUGCCCCCCGCCGCGGACACCCGGCCAGAUCUCCAGGACAUGACCCCGCUGGAGCCAGUCGCCUAUGUACGCUCCAUGGACUUUUCGUCGACGUCCCUCGACGACCUGUCGAUGCUGAGCGACGCGCGGAAAUUUGACGAUGCACCCGCCGAGUCGCCCAUCACCCCCGUCGAUCCGACAGGGGCCAUGAGCGAGUCGGCACCCCCGCGCGCCAUGGCGCGCCUGCGCUCGCGCGACUUCCCUAGCGUCACAGUGGGGCGCGCGUCCAGUUUGCAGCGGCGGCAGCAGGCCGCUCGUGUGCCACCCUCGUCCAUGCCACGCAGCGCCGCACGACACGGCCAUACCAUCGAGUCCAUUCCCGAGUCGGAGAGCGCAGACGUGGCGCUCGCUGGUGGGCCCGCCUUCCACGGCGAAGCCGACCCGCCUGCGUUGGAGCCAGCCAAGCAGGGCUCGCUCGCGGAACUGCCCGACCUCUCUACAGGCUACCCCCGUCUCGCACCCAUGUCCCGCGCUGGGCGCGACGAGCCUCCCGCGGACCCCCAGCCAUGGUACUGGUCGGACCUGCUGCUCACUUGUGGACUGUGCCUGUCCAACAAUGACGACGAAGAACAAGCUGCACGCACGAACCCCAUGGAGUGA